AUGAAUUACGAACAGCACAACGAAGUCUCCACCUCGUACAACAAUAAUAGUGUAAAGCUCAGUUACGAAUGUAAGAAUGAAUACUAUUAUCCGAAUAACGAGAAAAAAGACUACGCAAGCAACAAAAUGGAGGAAGCGCAGAACUGCCUAACAACACCGUUUUCAGUCAAAGACAUCCUGAACAUAAACCAGACGCCCUAUUACGAGAGGACUGACGCGUGGAAGGAGAGAGACGUCAGAAGCCAAGAAUACCAGUUCUACCACCAGGGGAGCUAUUGUUCGGAGUAUUUCAACCAGAUGUACGUACACCCGAAUGUGGAAUACUGGAGCGCGGAGCACGAGAAUAAGGAGUAUUAUAAUUACAAUUCGUAUUGUCCCAAUUUGUAUCAUCACGAACAGUACCCGGAAAUAGUGCAGCCUAAGAUCGAUCUGGAUAUAGAAGCGCCGGGGAUCGGGGUGAAGACAGAUAUGCCGGUUAUGGGACCGUCCCCAGCUUAUCUAACAGCUGAGAGCAAAUUUUCAACGAUGUCCACUAAAACUAGUAAGACUCCGACAAAUGUGAAACCAGAAAAGCCAAGAGACAAAAGCGCGAAACGGAAGCCCAGAAUAUUAUUCUCGCAAAGCCAAGUGCACGAUCUAGAAGUAAGAUUCAAAGCACAAAGGUACUUGACGGCACCGGAACGAGAACAGCUGGCGAAGAAGUUGAACCUCACACCGACGCAAGUGAAGAUAUGGUUCCAAAAUCGACGGUACAAAAGUAAAAGGAUAAAAUCGCCGGAGGUCUCCACGUCGACCGACGCGAAGCCUAACAAGAUUUUCGGGAGGAAACUAUUCAAGCCGGACACGAGGGAAAAGGUACCGAUGCAAAAUUACGAAGACUUCAAACCGCAAAAUCAAUUGGAUGAAGACAUUAAUUCGACUAUUUAUUUCGAUGACAGUAUCCACUAUGAAGACGAUAAAUACACGCGUUAUAUCGACGAAGGCGUCGGUAGCACCAGUAACUUUUACACGACUGAAUUGAUGAACGAAGGUUACAAAGAGACGGAGAUGAAGAAAUAUUAUCCACCCAAUAACUAUAUUUGUUAG